GUUUGACAUUGACACUUCAUGCAUGAUCUAAGUUUUUAUAGGUGUUAUGAAUGGUAUUUUACUGAGUUAGAUAAAUUUAAAUAAUCUUAUUUUACAAACUGUUUGAGCCUGUGUUUGUAUAAUGAGCACGACUAUUUGUAAUAAGAACUCGAAUGAUGAGGGAGCUAGACCCUACAAAUGUCGUGAUUAUGGCACAAAGUUAUCAUUAAACUUACAACAUUUUAGAAGAGACGGAAGGUUUUGUGAUAUUGACUUGAUCUCUGGUAAAACUAAAGUCAAGGCUCAUAGAGUGGUGUUGGCUGCUAGCUGUGCUUAUUUUGAUGCCAUGUUUAAUGUGGGCCUUGAAGAAAGUCAAAAACGACAUGUGUCUUUACCUAGUGUUCCACCUGAUAUUUUACCUAUGAUAAUAGAUUUCAUGUACACAGGUGAAAUUGUCAUUGAUAAAGCAACAGUACAACAUUUGAUGAUAGCUGCUGAUAUGUUACAACUUAGGGAGCUGGUGACUGGAUGUGGAGAGUAUCUCAGACGAGAGCUGCAUCCAUCAAAUGCUUUAGGAAUUUUCAGGUUUGCUGAAGCACAUAAUUGCACUGAGUUAGCAGAGGAAGCUUUAGAACAUGCUCAAGCUAACUGGAAUAUAGUUGCAAAUGGAGAUGAAUUAUUGGAACUUCCCCUUCCACAAUUAGUUACAUUACUGUCAUCAGAACAACUUAAAGUGGACAAUGAGGCUCAGGUUUUAUAUCCAGCUUUACGUUGGUUAGAACAUGACCCUUCCUGCCGGAGACGUCACUGUUUUGAAGUGUUGAGCCAUGUUAGGUUACCACUAAUUUCACCACAAGUUCUAGAUGAAGCUCUUAAAAAUGUUCAAGAUCCAUCCAUAGCAGUUGCAUUAAAAACUGUGAGAGUCGAUAUGAAAACUGGUCGUGGCGCACUUGUAGCUCUAGCGGCUGAACCUCGAGCACGGGCGCGUCGUAUUCUGCUCGUCGCCGGUGGCUCCUGUCAUGACAAUGCCGCCCAUCCACCUCUUACGACUGACAAUAUAUUAUCGUCAGUACUUAAAUUCGAUUUACAUAGCCGUGAAUGGGAGGAGCUUGCACCAAUGGGUAUAGCCCGCAUUCAACCAGGUGUGGCGACAUUAGGAGGUCGCGUUUACGCUCUUGGCGGUGAACAAGGCAGUCAGAUUUUAGCAAACGGAGAGGUUUAUGAUCCACAGACUGAUAAAUGGUCGAACAUAUCACCUAUGAAAGAAGCCCGUUGCGAAUUCGGGCUGACUGGUUGGAACGGCAAUCUGUACGCGUUCGGUGGGUGGGUGGGGUCCGAUAUGGGGGCGUCUGUGGAAGUAUACGAUCCCGUGAACGAUGAAUGGACGCUCACCGGUAGAAUGCCGGAACCGAGGUUCGGAAUGGGUGUCGUCACUUUCGAAGGUCUUAUUUACGUAGUGGGUGGAUGUACGCACACAUGGAGACAUACAAGAGAUCUUCUAUGUUAUCAUCCGGCAUCACGUAAAUGGCACACUCUAACGCCGAUGCGACACGCUCGCAGUCAAGCAGCCGCCGUGGUACUGGACAACUAUCUGUAUGUGAUCGGCGGGAAUGCGCCAGGCAGAACUGUACUCACGUCCGUUGAAAGAUAUAACUUUGACCGCGACACAUGGGAGGAGGUGGCGAGUUUGAAAGAGGCACGGGCGGGUUGUGCUGCGGGGGCAGCGGAGGGAGCUCUAGUAGUAGCAGGUGGGGAUAGCGAGAGUGGGGGAGAGCGAGCGUUCUACCGCGCUCGUACAACACUAGCUAGCGUAGAACUAUACGAUCCACGCGCUGACCAUUGGAGACCGGGACCCGCUUUACCCCACUCGCGAGCGGAGGCCGGAGCCGCGCUACUAUGACACGCGGUCGCUACUUAGGGCUCUUUCAGAUACGCUGUGUGCGUGCAUUUGUUAUAAUUGGAUUACAUGAAGGACCGGCUUCGUUAAUUAUGUAUAUUGCGUUUGUAUUUUUGAUGGAAAAUGCUUAAAAAAUACGAACCCGGGACCUUUAAAAACAACCGGGCAACUGCUCUGACCACUGAGCUGCUA